AUGGAUGAAAUGGAGGAAGAAUUAAAAUGCCCUGUAUGCGGAUCGUUUUUCCGGGAGCCAAUCAUUCUACCGUGCUCCCACAACAUUUGCCUGGCUUGCGCUCGGAAUAUCCUAGUGCAGACCCCGGACGCUGAAUCUCCGCAGAGUAGCCGUGCUUCUGGCUCGGGGGUCUCCGACUAUGACUACCUGGACAUUGAUAAGAUGAGCUUGUACAGCGAGGCGGACAGUGGAUACGGUUCGUAUGGUGGCUUCGUUAGUGCCCCGACCACCCCUUGCCAGAAAUCCCCAAACGGGGUGCGUGUUUUCCCCCCUGCCGUCCCCCAACCCCCUCCCCAGCACCACUUGCUAGGACACCCCGGCUCCCUACCUCCUAUCCCCCGCAACUCCUGCAUCACAUGCCCGCAGUGCCAUCGCAGCCUCAUCUUGGACGAGAGGGGGCUCCGCGGGUUUGCCAAAAACCGGGUGCUGGAAGGGGUCGUGGACCGGUACCAGCAGAGCAAAGCGGCCGCCCUCAAGUGUCAGCUCUGCGAGAAGAGUCCCAACGAGGCCACGGUGAUGUGCGAGCAAUGCGACGUGUUCUACUGCGACCCUUGUCGCUUGAGGUGCCACCCUCCCCGAGGUCCGCUAGCCAAGCAUCGCCUCGUACCCCCUGCACAGGGCCAUAUAAGCCGUCGGACAAGUCCCCGGAAGAUCUCCACUUGUACGGAGCACGAACUGGAGAACCUGAGCAUGUACUGUGUUCAGUGUAAGAUGCCGGUGUGUUACCAGUGUUUAGAAGAAGGGAAACACGGGACACAUGAAGUCAAGGCUCUGGGGGCUAUGUGGAAACUGCACAAGGUAGGAUAACGUGUGCCAAAUGGUUACAUUUAUAGGCUACCUCUAUUUUUCCAAUGUCAUAACGCGCAUAAACUCAUCUGUUAUAGCCCUAAAUGGGUCCCUACGAAUUUCGUUCAUUGAAGCAAUUGUGGAAACGAAUAGUGUGUAGGCUAGUCUACAUUUUAAUAAGCAUAACUUUUUAGUUCCAAGUUAAAUUGAUUGUGUGUUCCCACAAUUUGAUUAAAUAGAUUAAAUAAUGUGUGAUAAUAGCCUAAAUGAUUACAUUUUUUGUUCACAUUUCACUUCAGUAUCUGUUUAGUAGCCUGUUUUGAUGAGCUGCCAGCCUAUUUGCUCCAAGGUUGUCAGUAAAUCAACUUGGACAAGGCUGUAGCAAAAUACAUUUUUUACUGGAGUCGCUCCAGUAUAAUAAAUGGUCCCAGUAAACUCGAGGGCCCAGACGCAGUGGUAGAGUCAUAAGGUUCUUGUUGAAAUUCAGUUCACGAGCUGGAGAGGGCCAGCAACAGUAUUCCUGCAUCAGGGGGAAACGCUUCCAUCUCCAUUCCUGGAACCCUAUAAAGUCAGCACCCUUUUUUGAUUAUUAACUCAGUAGGCUGCCUGUCACUUCCGUACGUGACAUAUGAGAAAAUACAUUAUACUGUGCCUUUGGAAGAGGUGACAUAGGCUGCAUCCCAAUUGACACUCAAUACCCUAUAUAGUUCACUACUUUUGACAAGGGCCUGCACUGUAAUAUAGUUAAAUAGUAAUAAUAUAAGGGAAUAAGGUGUCUUUUGGGACAUAGACAUUGUGUUUCUAUCUCCAUACUCUAGUCUUUUCUGGUCCCCUUUUACAUUCUCAGCUGUUCAACGUGCCAAUAUAUAAUAUGUAUACACUACCGAUCAAAGGUUUGGACACACCUACUCAUUCAAGGGUUUUUCUUUAUUUGAUUUUUUUUACAGUUCUUUACAUUGUAGAAUAAUAGUGAAGACAUCAAAACUAUGAAAUAAACACAUAUGGAAUCAUGUAGUAAUCAAAAAAAGUGUUAAACAAAUCUAAAUAUAUUUUAUAUUUGAGAUUCUUCAAAUAGCCACCUGUUACAGGAGGGGGUCGCAGUUCCGGAGCGACCCACUAGGUGUCAUCCGCUAAUAACCGCUAGGCAACUCCUCACUCCACAGUCUGGACUAAUCGGUAUCCUAUUGGUGUCACCUGUGUCUACAUUUUACAUUUGACAUUUUAGUCAUUUUAGCAGACGCUCUUAUCCAGAGCGACUUUACAGUUAGUGAGUGCAUACAUGGUCUACCUGUUCACCUGUGUAUUCAUGCCCUCACUUCCCUGUGUUCCCUUGCUCGGUUUUCUCUGCUAGUUUCUCUAAGUCCAGCAGCACUACUCAGUGUCUGAUCGGAGACCUAUGAACAGGUACUUGAGAAGUGUUCUGCCUGUUUCGUUAUUUGUUUCAGUCGUAGGUAGUAUUUCGUAUUUUGGCUGUCAGACGGUUUUUUGAAGUCUUAUUUGCUCCGCCUUUCUUUUAUGGUGUUAAGUCCGUUAUUUUGUAUUUUGGCUUCGGGACCACCAGUAAAGAUCCUUGUUUCACCAUCUCUGCCUACUGCCUAUUGUCUAUCCUGCACCGCGGUCACACCUCACACCAACCCUUACAGAAAACUGAGCCAAUAUGAGAUUCUUCAAGUAGCCACCCUUUGCCUUGAUGACAGCUUUGCACACUCUUGACAUUUUCUCAACCAGCUUCAUGAGGUAGUUACCUGGAAUGCAUUUCAAUUAACAGGUGUGCCUUCUUAAAAGUUAAUUUGUGGAGUUUCUUUCCUUCUUAAUGCGUUUGAGCCAAUCUGCUGUGUUGUGACAAGGUAGGGGGGGUAUACAGAAGAUAGCCCUAUUUGGUAAAAGACCAAGUCCAUAUUAUGGCAAGAACAGCUCAAAUAAGCAAAGAGAAACGACAGUCCAUCAUUACUUUAAGACAUGAAGGUCAGUCAAUAUGGAACAUUUCAAGAACAUUGAACGUUUCUUCAAAUUGGAGAUUUUUGGUUCCAACCACCGUGUCUUUGUGAGACGCGGUGUGGGUGAACGGAUGAUCUCCGCAUGUGUAGUUCCCACCGUAAAGCAUGGAGGAGGAGGUGUUAUGGUGUGGAGGUGUGGGGGUGCUUUGCUGGUGACACUGUCUGUGAUUAAUUUAGAAUUCAAGGCACACUUAACCAGCAUGGCUACCACAGCAUUCUGCAGUGAUACGCCAUCCCAUCUGGAUUGGGCUUAGUGGGACUAUCAUUUGUUUUUCAACAGGACAAUGACCCAACACACCUCCAGGCUGUGUAAGGGCUAUUUUACCAAGAAGGAGAGUGAUAGAGUGCUGCAUCAGAUGACCUGGCCUCCACAAUCCCCCGACCUCAACCCAAUUGAGAUGGUUUGGAAUGAGACGGAUGGCAGAGUGAAGGAAAAGCAACCAACAAGUGCUAAGCAUAUGUGGGAAGUCCUUCAAGACUGUUGGAAAAGCAUUCCAGGUGAAGCUGGUUGAGAGAAUGCCAAGAGUGUGCAAAGCUGUCAUCAAGGCAAAGGGUGGCUAAUUUGAAGAUGAUCUCACAUGGCUGUGUUUCAGUGAGCUACAGAGGAUGUCACAUGGCUGUGUUUCAGUGGGCUACAGAUAAUCUCACAUGGCUGUGUUUCAGUGGGCUGCAGAUGAUCUCACAUGGCUGUGUUUCAAUGAGCUACAGAUGAUCUCACAUGGCUGUGUUUCAGUGGGCUGCAGAGGAUCUCACAUGGCUGUGUUUCAAUGAGCUACAGAUGAUCUCACAUGGCUCUGUUUCAGUGGGCUACAGAUGAUCUCACAUGGCUGUGUUUCAGUGGGCUACAGAUGAUCUCACAUGGCUGUGUUUCAAUGGGCUGCAGAGGAUCUCACAUGGCUCUGUUUCAGUGGGCUACAGAGGAUCUCACAUGGCUCUGUUUCAGUGGGCUACAGAUGUCAAGCCCACUUUAGAGAGUCUGAUGUUAUUUGGAGAUCUGAGUUGUCAUGGGCAACACACACACACACACACACACACACACACAUACACAUACAGCUCUCUCUCCCUCCCAGCUCCCCUCUCCCAGCUCCCCUCUCCCAGCUCCACUCUCCCAGCCUCCCUCUUCCAGCUCCACUCCCCCAGCUCCACUCUCCCAGCUCCCCUCUCCCAGCUCCCCUCUCCCAGCUCCCCUCUCUCAGUUCUCCUUCCCAGCUCUCUCUCCCUCCCAGCUCUCUCUCUCUCCCACCCAGCUCUCUCUCUCUCCCACCCAUCUCUCUCUCUCUCUCCCUCCCAGCUCUCUCUCCCUCCCAGCACCCAAUGUGUCAUUCCAUGA